AUGAAAAAGCAUCCGCGUGGUGGGUCAUCAUGUCUGUUGUCUUCUUCACUUUUGAGUUGUAUUCUCGAAAUUUACUUGCUCUUUGCUCUCUCAAUGGACUUUGUUGUUGCCAUCGUUAGCUCUAUUGUCGCUAAAUCUGCAGAGUAUACGAUUUCUCCUAUCAUAAACCAUGUCAAAUACCUUUCCAAUCAUCAGCAAAAUGUUGAGACCCUCAAGCACCAAGCUGAGAAGCUGAAAGUUGCAAGGGACAGAGUGCAGCAUUCUGUUGAUGCAGCUUUACGAAACGGCAAAGAGAUCGAAGGCGAUGUUGACAAAUGGUUGUCUGCAGUCGACACAAAGAUCCUUGAACAACUUAGCCUGAAUGCUCCAGAGGAGGCGAAGGCUGUUGCCGAGCUACUUGAACAGGGCAAGUUUGACGAGGUUUCUUAUCCUGUGCCUCUGCAAGGUAUCACUGUCACACCAUUUAAAGGGUACGAGGAUUUUGAGUCAAGAACGUUGGUUUUGAAUGAAAUAAUGGAGGCACUGAAAGAUGAUAGCGUCAGCGUUAUUGGGGUGCACGGUAUGGGCGGCAUUGGAAAAACAACGCUAGUAAAAGAAAUCGCUAGAAAGGUCAAGGGCAAUUUAUUUGAUUCGGUUGUCAUAGCAACAGUAACUCAAGCCAUUGAUAUUGAGAAAAUUCAGAACAGAAUUUCAGAGUUAUUGGGCUUGAAAUUUGAGGAACAGAGUACCGAUGUAAAGGCACUUCGACUACAAGAAAGAUUGAAGAAAGAGAAGAGGGUUCUGGUCGUCUUGGAUGACAUUUGGGCAAAGGUUGAUAUUGAGGAAGUUGGGAUCCCUUUGGGAGAUGAGCACAAGGGAUGCAAGUUGCUGCUAACUUCUAGGGAGCUAAAUGUUUUAUCAAAUGGGAUGGAUGCUCAGAAAUAUUUUUCUGUUGGGUUUUUAAAUGAAAACGAGGCCUGGGACCUGUUCAAGAAGAAGGCUGGCGACUGUGUUGAAAGUUGUGAUUUGAAGCCUGCAGCUAUGGAGGUAGCCAAAAAAUGUGCAGGGUUGCCCAUAGCCAUUGCGACAGUUGCAGGGGCUUUGAGAAACAAAAGAUUGUUUGAGUGGAAGAAUGCUUUACGAGAACUAGAGAGGCCUUCAUCAAGCAACUUCACGGGGAUAGCUGCAGCAUAUUCAGCUAUUGAGUGGAGUUUUAAUUAUUUAGAAAGUGAGGAAGUUAAGCUGACUUUCUUGCUUUGCUGUGUAAUAGGCCAUAAUGGUCUGGUUGAAAAGUUGAUGAGAUAUAUUGUGGGUUUGGGUUUAUUUGGUGGUGUCAACACUAUGGAAGAAGCUAGAAAUGAAGUAUUGACUGUUGUGGCUAAUCUCAAAGCGUCUUCCUUGUUGCUUGAUAGUUAUGAUGAUGAGCACUUUGAUAUCCAUGAUGUUGUUUCGGAUGCUGCUUUAGCUAUUGCAUCGAGGGACUACCAUAUGCUUGUUUUGAGAGAUCAUAUUCCAAAGGAGUGGUCCGAUAAGGCGAAAAUGAACAGCUUGAGAGCGAUAAGCUUACCUUGUCCUCAAAUUAUAGUAGAGCUUCCUAAGGAGAUAGAGUAUUCAGGUCUUUCCUUUUUCCAUAUGGCCCAUGAUGAUUCAGUGGUAAUUCCUCCCGACUUUUUCAGAGGAAUUGAAAGCCUCAAAGUCUUGGAUUUACCUUCAUAUUCCUAUCUACCUGAAUCAAUUAAUCACCUCAUAGACCUUCGCAUGUUGUGUCUAAGAGGAUGUCUAGUUGAAGACAUAACCAUCAUUGGAGAGCUCAAAAGUUUAGAAAUCCUUGACCUUGCUUUCUCAAGGAUCAAAGAACUACCCAAGGAGAUAGCACAAUUGACUCGGUUAAGGUUGUUAGAUUUGAGUUGGUGUGAAAACUCAAAAUCAUCCCACCAAAUGUUUUAUCAAGUUUGUCUAAAUUAG